GGUAGAUUGGGUGACCAAUGAGACCCUUGUGAUUGGCUCGGCCAAAGCCGGAUUGUAAUCAACCGAUAUGUCAUCAGAUGUUAAUUAACUCUCCAAACUUUAGCACAUUCAACUUUACAACUCGCAUACAGUACACUUAGUCCUUUUUUUCGCCUUCAAUUGAAUUCCUUACCUCCCAACAAAGCCAACAAGUAUUUCAAAAAGUAUUCUAACGACUAUUACGAUUACAUUAACGGCGCUUCUUCGUACUUCGCAUAUAGAAAAUAUUAUUUGUAACUUUAGCCACACACAUACACACUCCAACGUCAUGAGCCCGCCUCGCAUAGCUCUAUCACGAGCUUCGACUGGUCUACUUGGCCGUCGCCUUACCACUCAAGCCCCAGUUAUACGACCUUGCGAGAGUCUCCUGCGACAGUUCUCCAACUACAAGCCGUGGUACUCGUCAGACAAAGUACAGAAGACCGUGUCAUCCUACCAACCCUACCCUCUUAACCCCACCAACUCCCCUCGCCCGAGCAAUGAGCCCAUCCCAGAGACCUCUGUCGCAAGCCCUGUGCCCCAAGUUCAUGAGACACGACCACCUCCCCAAUCGCAAGUGUCAACGCAUCCCGACGCUACCGUUACUAAGAACGAGGCACAAACCCCGAAGCCAACGGCCCCGAAGCGCAAGUUGAGGCCGCGCAAAGCCGCAUUGAAGCUCACUCCAUCAGCGGUAGAUCACCUUCGUGGUCUACUCGACCAGCCUGAGCCAAAGUUGAUCAAAGUCGGCGUACGCAAUAGGGGUUGCAGUGGCCUAUCUUAUCAUCUUGACUACGUCGAGAAGCCAGGCGCGUUUGACGAGGAGGUGGAACAAGACGGGGUAAAGGUCCUGAUCGACAGCAAAGCCCUAUUCAGUAUUAUAGGUAGCGAGAUGGAUUGGAUCGAGGACAAGUUGAGUCAACGGUUUAUAUUCCGAAACCCAAACAUAAAGGAGGAAUGUGGCUGUGGCGAGUCGUUCAUGGUGUAAUUCACAUAACUGUACGGAUAGAUCGAGAGAUACCAUUUUGCAUUGGGCGGCGUUCCUCUUAUAAAUACAGGCGCCAAGGAUAACGCAUACAUGACUUCUACUAUAUUACUACAUUGCUUGGCGGGCUCGUCCACUCAGUCAACGAGUUGUAUUAGUGAAUCCUAUUCACAUGAAGGCUAAUUGAACUUACUGUUGAUACGAUCAUGUCGUUCGUCAGAGCUAACAAACUCUCUGGAUAGUCAUGGCCAAGUGUCUUUCCCGAGCACAGUUUGAUGUGACCACCUACCUAUUC